AUGAAUAAGUAUUCGUCAAUAAAUACAGACGACACUGAUGUGAAUCAGAGAAAACAGGAGCCAGAAAAUAUAACUAUAAUUUCUUAACAAGAAAAAAAGAAAAAUGGCCCUUUUAUCAACAAAAUUGUUGUCAUAAUAUUUAUUUUAUGCGUGAUUACUAUUGUUUUCACCUUCGGUUUUAGUUCAAAAUAUUAGGGUACCAAAAAAAAUAAAGAGCAUAAAAAUAAAUACAAAUUCAUGAAAGAAAACAUUCAACAAAAUAAUAACUAAAUGUAAAAUGAAAAUUAAACUCAAUCAAAAGAUUAAAUGAGCAAAAAUUCAGGUGAUGAAAGCAACAGCUCAUAGAAAAAUAUUUAAAAUUUAGAAAAUAAUAAUGAUGCAGAUAAUUAGAAGAAUAAAGCUUCUUCGUAAUUAGAUGUUAAUGAAAAAAAUACAAGCAAAGAUGAAACUAAACAAGGGAAUAAAAAGGAUUUAGUUAAUAACUUGCAAAUAGAAGGAGAAUAAGAUGAUGAUUAUGAUGUAGAAGCACAAGUAAAAUAAGGCAAUAUUAGAGGAAGUUAAAGCACAUAAAAGGAAAAGGAUAAUCAAAAAUUCAUUAGCUCCAAAAUAGUGAACGAAGAUACCAUUUUAUGGGGACAUUAUAAGUCUCAUUUAAUCUAUAAUAUCUCUUAAAGAAAGAAAAAUCCUUUAAGCAUGAGCAUGAGCUACUUUCCAGAUAUGGAAAUUAAUUAAGUUUAUACUUUGUAUAAUAAAAAGGCAUUUGAAAAUCAAGUUUUUUAUGAUUUUAAAUACAACGAUGGGACUAGGUUUUCUGAAUAUUUGAUAAAUGACUAAAGAUAUGACUUUAAGGUAUAAAGCAUAUUUAUUAAAGAAAAAGCAAAUAAAAAUAAACAAAAAUGGGUAAACUAGCACACAGUCUUUAAAUCAACUAAUUUUUCACCUAGCAGAAAAAACAAAAGCCUAAUAUUUAGUAUUAGUCAAGAAGUUUAUGAUGAUAAAAAUUUAUGGAACGAAGGCUAAUACUUCCACUUCAAAUUUAUCAAAAAUGAAAAUUCUAUCACAGUUGAAGCAUUUUAACUAAAAGAAAAUAACAAAAGUUUAGCUGAAAAUAAAGACUCAAGCAAUUUCUUAGGUUCAUUUGUUUUCACUGUAGAGAAAGAUAACAAGUUAAUUGAAGGCAGCGAGCUCCAAAAUUUAAUUAGUUAUAGCUAAUUAUUUAUGCCAAAGCAAGAAAAUAAUUGGGAUGUAUCAAAAGCAAUCAGCGAAAAUAUUAAAUAUUAAACUAGAACACUUAACAAUCAUGAAACAUCAGGAUAGCAAAUCAAUAAUUUUAUCUUAAUUUAGUUCAAUUUCUAGCAAGAAUUUGAAUAUAAAAUUCAUAUUUCUUAUGAUUCAUUUAAGAAAGCUAGCUAAUAAAAGUUACCAUCUUAAUAUCCAUUUGAUGAUUCUUUACAGAAGCUUAUUAAAUAGUAUGAAAAACAAUUUUAAUAGUCAAUUGAAUCUAAAGGAGUGAAUGAUAAACACAAUUGCACUGUAUUUGCUGUAUCUAAUUUACUGGGAGGAAUGACAUAUAAAUAUGGAAAUCUAUAAUAUACUCAAAAGGAAGAGGAAAGAAAAUCUCAACCUAAAUCUAUUUUCUCUUUUACACCAUCAAGGACUCGCUUUGGAUGGCCUUUUUUAUGGGAUGAUGGAUUCCAUAAUGCUGUUGCAAGUAAGUUUUAACCUAGGCUUUCUGCUUUUGUAAUAAAAAGCUGGUUAGAUACGAUGAAUGAAGAUGGAUGGAUUUGUAGAGAGUAAUCAAGAGGAGAAGAAGCCUUUGGUUUAUGCAGUUGCCCAGCAUUCAUCAAAAAAGAUAACCGUGAUGGUAAUCCUCCAACACUCAUAUUAGCCAUAGAGUAUUUUUUGAGAGACCAUAUGGAUAUUGCUAAAGAAUUAAUCUAAGAAGGGUACUUUUCAAAAUUGGAAAAAUGGUACCAUUGGUAUCUAAAAACUUAGAUGGUCAAAGAUGAGUUUUUUACAGGAAACGCUAAUAAUUUUAAUGACUUUGAAAAAAAUAGCUUUGUUUUUAAAUUUUGGGAUCAAGAUGGAAACGUCGCUUCUAUGAAUAGUGGAUUAGAUGACUAUCCAAGAAACGAUAACGGUAAACCCUUCAAUGAGCCAAUAGGACACAUAGACUUGCAAAGUUGGAUGUAUCACUUUACAUCAAUAAUGGAAAAGUUCAGUCUCUUUAAUUAAGACAUGAAAAAAUUUGAAUAUUAUCUGAGCAUAAAGGAAGUAAUUUUGUAAAGGACAGAGGAAUAUUUUUUAGAUGACAGAGAUUCCCUUUAUAAAGACAUAAUAUCUUCAAAUAGAAGUCUCAAAUCAGUUGAGUUCUCACCUCAUUUUGGUUAUCCAAACACUUUGCCAUUAGCAUUUGGCAUAGUAAAAGACGAUGGCUAUCAACUUCAAACGUUAUUGAAAAGAAUUUAAGAUUAAAACUUUCUUUGGACAGAUUAUGGGUUGAGAAGUUUAUCUAAAUCAGAUAGUUACUCUAAAAGAGGCAAUAACUAUUGGACCAAUCCAAUAUGGAUAUAAAUGAAUUAUUUAGUUUUAAGAGGAUUAAAUUUGUACUACUAAGAAAAUGAAGAGGCAACUAAUCUUUAUUCAAAACUUAGGAAAAAUGUCUCAAAUACUGUGUGUCAGAAUUGGGAAAAAACAGGCUUUUUUUAUGAAAAUUAUAAUAAAUAUGAUAACGGAUAAGGAUCUGAUGCAUAUCCAUUCACAGGAUGGACUGCAACUGUAGCUUUGAUUAAUGCAGAAAAUUAUUGA